AUGUCAUCAAAUAGUGCAUCUCCUGUUGCCACUGAAUCAAAUGGUCCAUUAUCGUCAGGUAUUUCAUUAACGUCAACAACAGCAUGUGAUGAUCGCACAUGUUCAACAGCUAAAUGUGCAUUAUGUCUUCAUUGUUCUCAACAAUAUUGUUUUGUUCAUUUUCUUAAACAUAAUGAACAAUUAUCACUAAAUGCUUAUAAUUUUACAUUAGCUAUUGAUCAACUUGAAGAUCAAAUAAAAAAUUUAAAAUUAGAUGAAUCACUUCGUCGAACAAUACAUUCCCUUGAUCAAUGGCGUAAAAAUUUAAUACGAACAAUUGAAUAUGUUUAUCAAGAAAAACUUUCAUCAAUUAAAUCAAAUUAUAUACAAUUAAGUAAUUAUUUACAACAAUUUCAAUUUGAACAAUCAUCACAUAUACAAUCAUUACGAAUUGAUCUUGAACAAAUGAAAUUUAUUCGUAGUACCUAUGAUCAAGAAAUGGAAAAAAUUCAAACAACAAUAAAACAAUUACAAAAAAAUUUUUCUGAACUUCAAUAUGAUUUACAUUUAAAAGAACGUCAAACACCAAAUAUAUAUGAUUCAAUUGAAUGUGAAAUUAUAUGGAAACGACAUCGAAUAGAUGAUAUACAAACAUCAACAACUGUUGAUAUAAUUGAAGAUGAUGAAGAUACAAAUACUGGUACAAAUCAUGAUGAUGAAGAUGUUCCUGAUUAUUCAACAACUGGUACACCACCACCAUCAACACCAAGUCCAACAUCAUAUGAACAGUGUUUACUUUCAUUUCUUGUUGGAAAUGAUUCAAUAACGAAUAGAGAUGAGAAAAUAAUAUCAUCAGAUGUGAAAAAAAAUUUACCAAAUAAAAAAAAUCUAUUAAUGGAAAAAAAACAAACAAAUAAUACAACAUCAACAAUAACAACAAUGUUAAAUAAUAAUAAUAAAAAGAGAAGAAUUUGUAUGAGUUGUGGAAAAUGCUAUUGGAAAGCAAAUGGAGAAAUUCGUUCAAUUGAAUCGAAUAUAUCCGAUACACGCUUAAUUGGAUGUUUGAAUUUAAUUGCAUCAAUACCAUUUCCUCAAUCAACUAAAAAAAAUGACCAAGAUCAAUAUGAAAAAUCUUUAUCAAAAAAUAAAAAAUAUCAAACAACAACAAAAGAACAUUAUGAUCAAAUUGAAUCGAUGACACCUAUUAAAAAAAUUCUUCAUGAACAAGAACAAGAACAAGAUCAACAAAAACAAAUUGAAAUUAAAUCAGGCGAACAAACCACACAACUUUCAAUUGAUUUUCAAAUUCAAAAAAUCGAACUAUUACUUAAACGUGCAUUAUUAGAUUUAACUGAUUAUACCGAAGACUUUUUACAUAUUUAUUUUCAAUCAAUCUUCGCAACAACUAAAAUAAAAACAUUUGAUAUUGAAUCUAAUAUUUAUUUAGAAGAUUUAAAAAUAAUUGAUGAACAAUUUGAAACAAAUGAAAAGAAUAAAUUAAAUAUAUUAUCAUCUUCAAAUAAAUCAAAAUUAUUUGAAAUGAAUUGUUUAUUAACAUCAACAACAAAUCCAUUAUUUUCUUCAUCACCUUACAAUUCAAUUGAAAAUAAUAUUAAUUUACAAUUAAAUAAAGCUUUAUUAAAUAUUCAUUUAGAUUCACUUUCAUCAAUUAUUAGAUUUAAAAAUAAUAUUUUUAAACAAUUAAAUAAUAAAUCAAAUUCUUCAAAAGUUAAACAAACAUCAUCUUCUACUUCUACUACAAAAUCGAAUUCAUCAUCAUCAUCAUUUAAAAUUGAUUUUCUUUUGGAAGGAAUUUCUCUUUUAAUUGGAAAUAGUUCUUCACAAAUUCUUUAUAUUGAAUUAGAAGAUUUUAAUGGUUAUUUAUCUAAAACAAAUACUCAUAUAUUAUCUCAUUUAGUUCUUAAUGAUCUUGUUAUAUAUGAUGCUUUUAACAAGUCAAUUUAUCCAUUUAUUAUUUCCAAACAAAAUAAAUCAAAUAAAUUACUUUCAUUUGAUUUAUCAUUAUUUAAUUAUUCAAAUAAACUUAUUAAAUCAUCAAAAACUAAAAAUUCAUUUCUAAAAGGACAAUUAGAAAAAUUAAAUAUUAUUUUACUUUAUAAAUAUCUUGAUCUUAUUUUAUCAAUAAUUAAUUCAUUUCAAACAAAACAAAAUACAUUAGAACAAGAAGAUGUUUCAUCAAAUGAACCAAAUUUUCUUCCAUUAAUUUUACAAAAAUAUCAACAACAUUCCAUUGAAUUUCAUAUAGAUUUUAUAUUAAACGUUCCUCAAAUACUUAUUCCAGUUAAUUCAUAUUCAAAUCAAGCUAUUCUUAUUGAUUUGGGAAAAUUAUCAAUGCAUUCAGAAUCAAAUCAACAAUAUAGAUUUACAUAUGAAAAUCUUUCCAUCAAUCGUAUUAUAUUAAAUGAUGAAAAUAAAUCUCUGAAUUUAUUACAAUGUUCACCAUUUCAAACAUUAAUUAAUCGAUAUUUUAAUUCCCAUAAUAAAGAAAUUUACGUUGAAAUUUUCUGGAAUACAAUUCAAUUUAAUUUAUCCAAAUAUGAUUAUGCUUUUAUUAAUAAAAUAUUGCAAGAAAAUUUUCAAGAAAAAAUUUUUCAUAAAAUUCCACAAAUUCAAAUUACUGAACAACAAGAUCAAGAUAACGAACAAAAUGAUUCAUCAUUUAAACUUCUUCCGAAAAAACAAUCGACAUCAAAUGAAAUUCCAUUAAAUAUUCGAUUAGAUUUUCAAAUCAAACAAAUUGAUUUAACACUUUAUCUCGAUGAAAUAGAUCUUAAUAAUUCUCAACUAUCUAGAAAUGAAAAUGAUAAAUUUGUUUAUUUAACAAUUCAACUUAUAGAAGCACAAUUUAAACAAUCAACGAAUAUAAAUUAUCAGGGAAAAAUACAAAUUCAACAUUUAUUUGCAGAUAAUCUUAGACAAAAUAGCCAAAACAAGAAUUUUGUACGUCUUAUUAAUAAAGGUUUUAACAUUGAUCAAAAUGCACCAUUACUUGUUGCUACUCUAGAAAAUAAAUCAUCUAAUCGCACAGGUAAACAACUUUUCUUUCUAUCAGUAUCACCUUUUCAACAAAUCGGAGAUUAA